CUGAUCCAACCUUCUGCUGUGGUAGGAAGUGAAGACCAUUGGUCUUGAUAUGCGCUGUAGACGCUGGGAUCCGUAGCUGGGACAUUUGCUUGCGCCAUGGUGGAAGUUGAACGUGCACGUGAAUGCGGUGGUAAAUGCUCCUGCCUGUAAUAUAAGAGUCACCAGUAUUGGACAUAUACUAACUCGAGGACCCAGCAGAGAGCAUUUAUACGCAUGUUCACAGAUUGGUCAUAUAGCAUGAGUAUGGCGUAGCGAAGACAAUCGGUGAUCAGCACAUGUUGGUUCCAUGCUGUUGGCUGGGAGUUGAGCGAUUCGUCAAUUUCUGGAACGAUGUCGUAAUUGGCCUAAGUUUGGGACACCCCCGAAUACUGUAUAGAACAUCAAGGGGAUCUGAGUACAGGAAUGUAGUGUGGGGGAUUCGCAAGCCCCCACAUGCUAAUUGUUGCGAGGAACCGUGCGAUCGGAGGCUGCGAUUGCGUGACGGGCCGCAAGUCAGGGCCCGGUGGGUACGGCGGGUUGAAGGUUCUCGGCCGAAAAAGUCCUCUCCACCUCUACCCUUUUUAUGCAAUCCAGAGCUCAGAAGUCGAGGUAAAAAUGACAAAAAAUAUCGUUCUGAUGCGGAAAUGUGGUAUGAUCAAAACCCCCUUCUCAGGGCAAAGAUGUUCAACAAUCUUACCACGGCACUUUCGCAGCCAACUGGACCACAAUCUGAUGCCGCUGCGGCGUGCCUGGGUCAUCCUGCGAGAUGUUUCCACGUCGUAGCUGCUCUAUCAUCCUCAUCAUGCCCAACCUUCCGACAUCCUGCUUGCGCGCUAUCGACGUCUUACUGGUCGCCGGCUUCAUCGGGCUAAAGUAUCCCGCGCAGCGGGCAGCAGGACCGUUCGACGUAGCGGCGCGCCUGGAAAGACGGAGACACGCAGCGAUGGGACGGCUGAGGCACGGAUGAUCGCGAGAGGGAGGCGUACGCUGACGAGGAUAUGGGGAGACCUGAGUAGAAGUAGUUCGAGCUCAGAU